AUGACUUCCCAAGUGUUUCCCUGUGGGGAACAAUCUCGACCGAAACAACAAUCUCGGCAAGAACAACAAUGUCAUCAAGAACAGCAAGCUCGAGAAGAACAGCAAAUUCGCCAACAACAAAUUCGGAAAAAGUUCCGUCUUCCACAGAUUGACAGAUCAACUGCAAACAUGGCAACUCAGGUCCGCGACGCAAAUAUAACCACAACAAGAAGCCCUUCUUCUCCAACCUUCAGCAAGCGAAGUACAUGUCCGAUCUGCCAAGAACCCAUCAAAUUUAGAGAGGCAGCGAAGGUCAUGAACUGCAACCACCAGUUUUGCAUCAAGUGUAUCGACCAGUGGCUUGCAGAAACACGAGACGCUAUACUUGGAGAUAAUGAAGUCCGAAACGCAACCUGCCCAUGUUGUAGAGGACAUAUAUCAAACAUCGCAUACAACUUCGGCAAGCGAGGCGCCUUUAGCACACUUUUGAAUGAUGCAAAAGGAUGGUAUCGAAACACCAUUACUGUGGACGAUAGAUUCAUCAAGCAUAGCGAGACUUUCUACCAAGUUUGUUUUUCUUCGAGAAUACGGGUCAUGCAGUCGGGUGGAAUGACAACUACUGCACUUUCGAAGAGGUUGGUGUUGAAACGCUUUAGGAAGAUAAGAGACGACUUUGAUUUCGAGUAUCGCGACACAAUGACCGAACCCACUGCCGCACGAGAUAUCAAGAAGAUCAAAGACGAUUUGGAGAAGUACGCACAACUCUACGGUGACUGUCUUGUCCCAGACAGACCGGGAUACCAAAACUGUAACGCUUUCGGAUCCUACGAAAUGAGCCCCGACUCUUCGAAACAGAAUGGAGACUUGAAGAGUUAUUCUUUUGGGUCUGUUGGAGGAUGGAUCAGAAGGAAGGAAGGAAGGGUGUUGGGAGGCUUCAUCAGUGAUCAUCGUGUUCUCUACGAGACACGAAGAGAGGAUUUGAAAGCACUGGUGCGUUGCAUCAACGGGAAGCCUCAGAUGACAACAGAUUUUUCUCACUUGACAGAGGAAAUACGUCGAACUUUGGAUGGCACCCUCUUGGUCGACUUCGAUGGCACCAUAUCUACUGCAAUUAUGAGCAAUAGAAUGGUGCAGGGAAGUGAACUUGGUUCUUUGGCUCAACGAAAACGAAAACCUCAUAUCAUAUCCAGGGUGAGAGCCCUGCAGGGAAGGGGUAGCUUCCUCUUUGAUGCGGGCAAGAAAUCGCUUCACCAACCGUCAUAG